CAACGCAUAGUUGAGCAAUCACAAAACGGGACAACAAUAUGUGGCGUCUUCAGCUAUUCCUAGUGCUCUCCAGUAGCUUUCUCAUACCGCAUGAGGCAAAGCCCACAACGCGGUCGCCGUUCACCUCAUCGCUAUCGUCAUCGACAUCGACAUCGGCAGCGAUAUCACCGACUGCGAUACCUUCGUUCGGGGUUCGCCAAGUAACAAAUGUUGGUCGUUUGGCAGCCAAGGAUCUGGCUGAUCUCCUUUUGGCCAGUGUUCAGGCACGGAAUGCCAAAAUGUCACCAUUCCAGGAAGCGACCAUGAAAACACUUCGCAGCAUCGAACCCAAAGAGUCGGGAGUUGUGUGGCUUCAUGUGGGCAUGGAUGUGAUUAUCGAUCAGCUGAUAGGAGGUCAAGCCGAAGCCAGCUGCGGCAGAAUUAUUAAGAAAAUCGAGAAAUCCAUGGAUAAAAAUAGCCUAACACUGAGCUUGAGAUCCUUUUUGGCCCUCUGUACAUUCAACAGUAUCACAUGUAGCCAGAAGGAAGUGGUCCAAAUCAUAAAGACAACAACGGCCCAAAGCGAAUUGUCAGCAAUGCUGCGAGAAGAAGGUGUCGGAGGUAGCCGGAAUAUUCGUACGGCAACGAAUAGUCAUUCCAAAAAUGACGCCGCUCUCCGAGAUGACCGUGAAUCUGUGUUGGCUUUCCUGCAGGCCAGAAACUUGAGGGAGUUAAGAGCCAUUUUAAAGACACUCUUGAAAGUGUGCGGCGCAUCAACCAGAGAGACGCAUAAUAUACUUAACAAUCUAACAGAGAUGGCUCCUAAUGGCAUGAAUGUCGUGCAGAUGAAAGCUUUCAGCAUGUUGACCGUUUCGCUAAUGGAAAGUCUCUCAGCCAUUUCCAAUGGCGAGCAGACCGCCUUCUGUGCCGCAUCACCGGACAGUUGGUUAGUCCGUUUCCUCAAUAUGGGCGUUGGAAAGGUGGUCCUUCUGGGCCUGAUGACUGCUCUCGACCGUACCAUAGUCACUCCACCACCCACAACCAACAAUGUAAUCAAUAUAGCAGAUCUCAAUAGCCUCAAUGGUGGUGAUUUUUCAGCAACCGAUGCAAAAUCUGCCAAAACAUCGGUGCCAUUUAAGCGUUCCAGUUUGCCUGGUUCCCUGUUGGACAGUAUUGUAAACAAGGCUGGCGGUACAUCAUCGGGACUUCCAUUGGUCGGUAAUCUUCUAGGGGGUGUCAACUCGGCCACAGGAAACAACGAUGUCCAAUCAGGGUUAGUCAAUGCCCUUGUUCCAGCUAACGUUGUGGCUCCCAUAUUAAGUAGCUCGAAAACUGUACUGACAGGAAGUUCUGGAACCUCAACGGGUAGCUCUUCAGGCAUCUCUUCACUUCUAGGGGGUCUCAACUCGGCCACAGGAAAUAACAUUUCACAAAAGGGAUUAGUCAAUGCCCUUGUUCCAGCUAAUGUUGCGGCUCCUAUAUUAAGUAGCUCCCAAAAUGUACUUGCAAGAAGUUCUGGAACCUCAACGGGUAGCUCUUCAGGCAUCUCUUCACUUCUUGGGGGUAUCAACUCGGCCACUGGAAACAACGAUUCCCAAUCAGGAUUAGUCAACGCCUUUGUUCCAGCUAACGUUGUCGCUCCCAUAUUAAGUAGCUCCAAUAAUGCACUGACAGGAAGUUCUGGAACCUCAACGGGUAGCUCUUCACUUCUUGGGGGUCUCAACUCGGCCACGGGAAAUAACAUUUCACAGAAGGGAUUAGUCAAUGCCCUUGUUCCACUUAACGUUUUGGCUCCCAUAGGAAGUAGCGCCACAAACGUAGUGACAGGAAGUUCUGGAACCUCAGGAACUGGAACAGGAAGUUCGACGGGAAGCUCUUCAGGAACUUCUUCAAGCGGUUCAAGUGGUACACCAAGCAGUUCCGGAAGUUCCUCAAGCUCUACUGGUUCCAGUGGCUUAAGUAGUGGUGGUGGUUCUGCUAGAUCGGUCAUUAUCGGAAAUGACAAUAGUGAAAGUAAUUUGGUCGAUCUCGAUGUUCCCGCCAAUGCAGAGGUACUUGCUCUUAACAAUAUUGUAAGCUCUGUGACUGGAAACGGAGUUGGCACUGUGAUUGGCAAUAAGAUUGAAAGCGGUCCAAGCACAUUCAUCAAGGGCGAUAGAAAUAAGGUUACGACUGGAGUUAAGGGAACAGUACCAGUGAAUGCCCUUGUCGCAGCACUUAAUAGCGUGACCAGCGUAGUCAAUAACAAAUCGAAAUCGAGUGGUAGCACCAGUUCAAGUGGUAGCACUUCUUCUGGUGGCAAAACAUCGUCUGGUAGCACUUCGACGGGUAGCACUUCGACGGGUAGUGGAUCCUCUUCCUCAUCCUCAGCUGGUUCUCCAGGCACAGUAAUUGGCAAUGAUGUUACCCAACAAGGUUCUACAAUAACAGGCAACAAUAAUGCUAUUACAAAGCUUUUGGAUAUUGGUCUGCCGAUUGUAGCCAAUGUUUUGGCUGCUAACAACAUUGCCACUUCAAAAAGUGGAUCAUCUUCCUCCUCAGGCACCGUAAUUGGCAAUGAAGUAACUCAACAAGGUUCUACAAUAACAGGCGACAAUAAUGCUAUUACGAAGCUUCUGAAUGUUGAUCUGCCAAUCGUAGCCGACGUUUUGGCUGCUAAUAACAUCGUCAGUAAGGGCAAUGGUGGUGGCACUUUAAUCGGAAACUCUUUGACAACCAAAGGCGAUGUUAUAAAGGGCAAUUCAAACGAUAUUGUGGAAUUGGUUGAUGUGAACGGUAAUGUUCUAGUGAAUGUUUUGGCCUUGACUGGACUAACAACUGGUAGCGGCGGAUCUGGCACACAGAUCGGCAAUAAACUAACAAAAGGUCCUCGUCAAAUCGUUGUGGGCAACAACAAUCGCAUCGUGAAAUUAGUUAAUGUAGAUGCCGAUGUCCUAGCCAAUGUCGAUUUGCUCAAUGCCAUAAGAGGAAGUGGAGCUGCCUGUAUUGGUAAUCGCCAGAAAUCUGGACCCGACACAGAAAUUGUGGGAAAUGAUAAUAGCAUCGUUAAAUUGGUCGAUUUGGAUUUGAAUGUAUUGGCCAAUGUUGAUCUAUUGAAUUCCAUUAUUAAUACGGUUGGAAAUGAUUGCCCUACUGAAUCAACAACUACCGAUACACCCACAGAGCCACCGACUCAGCCUCCUACUGAGCCACCCACUCAACCACCUACGGAGCCACCCACUCAACCACCUACGGAGCCACCGACUCAACCACCUACGGAGCCACCCACACAACCUCCCACAGAGCCGCCAUAUGGACCACCAACCAAUGCUCCACCAACUAAUGCACCACCAACCAAUGCACCACCAACAAAUACACCACCAACUAAUGCUCCACCAACUAAUGCACCACCCACAAAUCAACCGCCUACCAACGCCCCGCCUACCAACGCACCACCAACCAAUGCCCCACCCACCCGUCCACCCAGUCCUAAUCCCAACAAUUGUUAUCGCCGCUAUUGCCGCAAAUGGAGGACUCGUCCCAGCUAUCUCUGCCAAAAGAACUGUGGCGGCAAGUUGGUAUACAGACCCUAAAAAGGAACUCGAUACCCACACCACACCACACCACAGAAAUCUGUUAUUUAAAUCUUUAUAAUAUUAUUUAUUUUGUUGUUUAAUUUAAAAAGAAAAAAAACUAAAUACAUAUUGAAUCGUUUUCGUAAAUUA